AUGGCAGCGCAGCAUAUCCAACACUCCUCCUCUCCUUCCUCUGCAUCCUUUCCGUCUGUCUGGCGAGACUUUGGGAGGAAGGUGAGACUGUUAUUGCCAUACGUCUGGCCCAAAGGCUCUACAGCGCUGCAGGGACUCGUGCUGGUGUGUGCGGGCCUGCUGGCAGCAGAGCGACUGGUUAAUGUGUUGGUGCCUGUUUACUCCAAGAACAUCGUGAAUGAGCUCUCUGCAGGAGGCGGCUGGUCUUCACUGAUUACCAGCGUCUGCAUCUACACGCUGCUCAAGUUCCUACAAGGAGGAGGGGCAGGUACCUCUGGUUUCAUCAGCAACCUUCGUCAGUUCAUGUGGAUCAAAGUUCAGCAGUUUACCAGCAGAGGCGUUCAGGUGUGUUUGUUUUCCCACCUGCAUGGUUUGUCUCUGCGCUGGCACCUGGAGAGACGCACCGGAGACGUGCUGAGGAGCGUCGACAGAGGCACCUCCUCCAUUAACAACCUGCUGAGCUACAUCCUGUUCAGUAUCCUGCCCACCAUCUGUGACAUCAUCAUCGCCAUCAUCUACUUCAUCUCCUACUUCAGUGUCUGGUUUGGACUCAUCGUUUUCACCUGCAUGAUACUCUACCUCACCUGUACCAUCCUGAUCACAGAGUGGAGGACGAAAUAUAGGAGAGAGAUGAACACACAAGACAACAAUGCCAAGUCCAGAGCUGUAGACUCACUGAUCAACUUUGAGACGGUAAAAUAUUACAGUGCUGAGGAUUAUGAAGUCCGCUGCUUUGAGGAAGCCAUUCUGAAAUAUCAACACUGUGAGUGGAAGAGCUCAGCAUCCCUGGCUCUGCUCAAUCAAACCCAGAACAUCAUCAUAGGGUCAGGACUGCUGGCUGGAUCUCUGCUCUGCGCCUACCUGGUCUCUGAGGGACAAUUCCAGGUUGGAGACUACGUUCUGUUUGGAACCUACAUCAUCCAGCUGUACACUCCUCUGAACUGGUUUGGUACCUACUACAGGCUGAUUCAGAGUGCAUUUGUUGACAUGGAGAACAUGCUGGUACUGUUGACAGAGCAGAAAGAGAUUCAGGAUGCUGAUGAUGCACAGGACUUGCAGCUCACAGCAGGUCAGGUGGAGUUUGACAGAGUCUGUUUCAGCUACGUGCCAGGCACUGAGAUUCUCAAGGAUGUGACCUUUACAGUGGAGGCGGGACAGACAGUUGCUUUAGUUGGCCCAUCUGGAUCAGGGAAGAGCUCCAUCCUGCGUCUGUUGUUCAGAUUCUACGACCCUCAGAGUGGUAGCAUCCGCAUCGAUGGUCAGGACAUUUCCAAGGUUCGUCAGUCUUCGCUGAGGUCAUACAUCGGCGUGGUCCCCCAAGAUACGGUUCUUUUCAACACAACUAUCGGCAAAAACAUCCGCUACAGCAGAGUUACAGCUAGCAACCAGGAGGUGGAGAGAGCUGCCAUGGCUGCUGACAUACACACCAGGAUACUGGAGCUACCUCAGGGGUAUGACACUGAGGUGGGGGAGCGGGGUCUAAAGCUCAGCGGUGGAGAGAAGCAGAGAGUGGCAAUUGCUCGAACCAUCCUGAAAGAACCUCGGAUCAUUCUGCUGGAUGAGGCCACUUCUUCACUGGACACCCAGACUGAGAGGAACAUCCAGGCUUCAUUGGCCAAGGUCUGCACCAACAGGACGACUAUAGUGGUCGCACACAGGUUGUCCACCAUCGUUGGAGCUAACCAGAUCCUUGUGGUUCACAAUGGAGAGAUAGCAGAGAGAGGAAGACACGAGGAGCUGCUGGUCCAGGGAGGUCUCUAUGCAGCCAUGUGGAUGAAACAGCACAAAAGUCAUGACAUACAAACAGAAACACAGAUGAACAAUCACACUCAAGACACUUGACAUUGAAAGUAUGAGUAUGAAAAUGUUUUCAUUAAAUUUUUGUCACAUCUGAUGUCUAAUAAUCCCUUGUAUCAGCACCUAUGGCCAAAGUAAAGUCUGGAGAAACUGCAAUUAAAGUUGGUAAGAAAACUUAAAUUCAUCUUCUGAUCAAUACUGUGAUGUAAACACACGACAGGCCCAUUUAACAAUUUCAUGAUUUGUGCCUCAAAGUGUGGUAGUGUAUCAACAAACAGAGACACACUAUGAGCUGUUGUCUUCAUCCACACCUGUCAAACUUCACUGAGGCUGAGAGGCAAGGAACAGCUCGAGUAGGACCAGGCAACUCCAUUGUUAUGCAAUUGUCAAAGCAGAAUUUCUUUUAAAGUUAAUGAUUCAUUACUUUCAUGUCUCCU